CAGGCAGCCACAAUACCGACGGCACCAUGUCGCGCCAAAGCAUGGCGCCGCAGCGCAAUCUGUCGCUCACCGAGGAAUUGGAAAAGCUGGAGCAGUCCAUUACCCUGACGCUGCAAGAAAUCGACCAGAACUUCAGCCGCGCGCAUCGCAUCGUCACAUCCGACAUCCUGCCCAUUGUCGAGCAGUAUGGGAAGCACUCGGAAGCCGUGUGGGAGGGCUCCAAGUUCUGGAAGCAGUUCUUUGAGGCCAGCGCCAACGUCUCGCUUUCUGGGUACGAGGCGCCCGACCAGGAUGAAUCGGCUGUGCACGACGAAACAGAGCAAUCGCACACGUAUGAAGACGAGACGGUCGAAGACGAAGAGACGAUGACGGGGGCAACAACCACGCCGCCGCGGCCAAGGUCUGCGCAAGACGACGAGCCCGAGUCCACCAUUGCCUUUGACUCGCCUUCACUGGGUCACAGCACACCACGCGUCCCCCUUUCGGACAAGAAGACGAUGCAGAUGGAAGGCGACAUGAGCGACGGCGAGGAAGAGCCGCAGUUUGCCGGCCUGUCGUCGCCCUACGAGGCACUCAGGUCUGAAUUCCAGCCCAACUUGGGCGACACAAAGACGCCCAGGCUGGACCCAAGUACUCCGGGCAAGGGCCAAGCGCUGCCCGAUAUGAGCGGUUUCGACUCUUCGCCCUUUAUGCAGCCCACGGCGACAAAGCAGCAGUCGUACACGAACCAGGACCCGCUGCUGCAUCGCGUGCUUGACAAGACAUACCGUGUGCAGGCCACGCCCAUCAUCAGUCCGCGCAAGUACAAGCCAACAGGUGCUUUCACGCCCCGCACUGCGCAGCGUGGCGCACCCACGCCCCGGAGCGUCACCUCCAGAUUUCCAGCAUGGACCGAAGACUCGUCGCCGCCCUCGUCUCCCGCACCGCAACUGCGUGCUGACAUCUUCUCGCCCAUGAAGACGCCGCGGACGCCCGGUGUAAGCGUCCAGACACCCGCAAAAGGCAAACAUCCCAUGAGCAUCCCAAGGACUGGGGGCACCAUCUUUUACGACAGCGACGAGGAAGAGGACGAGAUUGAAAUCUUCAGUCCGCCCAAGACGAUCCAGUUCCACAUUCCCCAGAGCAAGCUUCUGCAAACGCCCGCCCGCGAAGCCAGCAAGCGCAUUGUAGACGACCUCUUGAUGACUGCAGGAGGCGACAUCACGGACACAACGGGAGGCAUGGACGAAGACAGCCCGAGCGUGGUGCGGCGGCAGGUGGAUCUGGACGACAGUUUCUAGAGGAGCAGGAGGAGGAUGUGGAGAAUAGAGCAU